AUGAAACAAAGGAUUACUUCCUUAGAUCUCGAGCUUUUAUCGAGAGAACUGCGUUUAAAAUUGGAAGGCUACAGAUUAACGAAUAUUUAUAAUAUUGCGGAUACAAAAAGACAAUUUUUGUUAAAGUUUAAUAAACCUGAUAGUAAACUUAAUGUGGUUGUUGAUUGUGGAUUAAGAAUCCAUUUGACAGAUUUUACAAGACACAUUCCACAAUUUCCAUCCGAUUUUGUAAUAAAAUUAAGAAAACAUUUAAAAUCUAAAAGAUUAACAAAAUUAAGACAAGUUCCUGGUGAUAGAAUUAUAGUUUUACAAUUUGCGGAAGGUUUAUUUUAUUUGGUUUUAGAAUUUUUCAGUGCAGGUAACGUAAUUUUGUUGGAUGAGAACAAAACCAUUUUAAGCUUGCAAAGAGUUGUUAAAGAGCAUGAGAAUAAGGUGGGACAAGAUUAUGAAAUGUUUGAUGAUAGUAUAUUUUUUGACACUGCAUCAGAAAACCUAGCUAAUUCCGAAUUUAAACAAUACGACUAUCAGAUGCUUGAAACCUGGUUCCAUGAGGAGGCUAAAAAAUUACAAAAUCAGACAACUCUUUCGUCGGUGCCCUUAAAUAAUGGGAAAAAACUUAAAGUUUUCUCCAUUCAUAAACUGCUGUUAACUAAAGAACCACAUUUAUCUUCUGACUUACUCCAAAAACAUUUGAAAAUUGCAAACAUUAACCCAUCAUUGCCAUGUUUAGAGUUUUUAGAUAAGAUAACUACUGUACUUGAUGUAAUAAAGAAUACAGAAAAUGAAUAUCACAACUUGUUAAAUACAAACAAUAAAAGAGGCUAUAUUGUUGCCAAAAAAAAUCCAAACUAUGUAAUAGGAAGGGACGCUGAUGAUCUGGAAUAUGUCUAUGAAACUUUCAAUCCCUUUGAACCAUUUAUAGAUGAAACUCAUAGAACUAAUUCAAAAAUUAUUAUUGUGGAUGGCCCAUACAAUUUGACUUUAGAUAAAUUUUUUACUACUAUUGAAUCCUCCAAGUAUGCCUUGAAAAUCCAAACACAGGAAGAACAGGCCAAAAAAAAAAUAGAAGAUGCGCAUUUAGAAAAUAAGAAAAGAAUUGAUGCUCUAAUUAAUGUCCAAACUUCCAACGAACAAAAAGGUUAUGCCAUCAUUGCCAAUACUGAAUUGAUUGAGACUACAAAAUAUGCCGUCCAAGGCUUGGUAGAUCAGCAGAUGGAUUGGAAUACAAUCGAAAAAUUGAUUAAAAACGAACAGGUAAGAGGAAAUGAGGUUGCUGAAAACAUCAUAUUACCUUUAAACCUAAAAGAAAACACAAUAAAUAUGAUCCUUCCCUUGAAAUCUGAAACAUCUAGCAUAGAAAACAGUUCAUCAGAAGAACAAGAUGAAUAUUGUAGUGAAAGUGAUAAUGAACCUGCUAAUGAAAAUACAAGUGAUGAAGAGUCUGAUAUUAGUGUAGAACAAGACGUUUCUGAUUUUGUAGAAGUUACCACAAUUGGGAACUCACCACUAAUAAGCAAGAAAUCAAAGCAUAAAAGAUUACAAAAUAAUGAGAAUUCUAUUAUUGUUUCUAUUGAUCUCAGCCUUUCUGCAUAUGCUAAUGCUUCUAGGUAUUUCGAUACUAAAAAGAAAACUGCAGAAAAACAGAAACGUGUAGAAGAAAACGCAGAAAAAGCCAUGAAAAAUAUCGAGCAAGGCAUAGAGACAAGCUUACAAAGAAAGUUAAAAGAGUCUCACGAAGUUUUGAAGAAGAUUCGCAAACCUUAUUUUUUUGAGAAGUAUCACUGGUUUAUAUCCAGUGAGAAAAUAUUAGUCUUGAUGGGGAAAAGUAGUACUGAGACUGAUCAAAUCUACAGUAAAUACAUUGAAGAUGAUGAUAUUUACAUGUCAAACUCUUUUGAUACCCAAGUUUGGAUUAAAAAUCCAGAGAAGAUUGAAAUAUCACCAAAUACAUUAAUGCAAGCAGGAGUAUUUUGCAUGUCAUCAAGUGAAGCUUGGAGUAAAAAAAUAGCUUCAAGUCCUUGGUGGUGCAAAGCUAAAAAUGUUAGUAAAUUUGACAAAGAAGGAAAUACUUGUCUAGAACCUGGAAAAUUCAUACUAAAAAAUGAAAAUGAAAAACAUUCACUACCCCCUGCUCAGCUAGUUAUGGGUAUUGGGCUUCUUUGGAAAGUAAAGACAGACAAAGAUUCAGAGGAAUCGGAUACUGAUGAAGGACCUGGAGAAGAUGGGGAACACGAAAAAGCUGAAGCAAGAAGAUAUGCUGAAGAUGGGGACAAUGCUUAUCAUGAGAGUACAUCAAUGUUGAAUAACGAUCUAAAUCGACUAACUAUUGCUUCUGCAGAUGAUACUAACAGUAUAGUAAAGGGUAAAUACCAAAGGAAUAUAGAUAAUAGUGAAGAAAACUCUGCUCCAGAAUCUAGAAAUAAAGACAUUUUGAACGAUGAAAAUGGUACCAUUACGACAGAAAAUGGUGAAUCAAUCUAUUAUACUAAUAUUAUUGAGAAUAUGAACAGGAAUGUUCGUGGUAAGAAAGGAAAACUAAAGAAAAUGAAAAAGAAAUAUUCUCACCAAGAUGAAUCAGAACGCCUAUUGAAAUUACAGGCGUUAGGGACUUUACAAGGUAUUCAAAAAAGGCAGAAGCAAGAGCAAGAGGAACUAGAAAGACAACAUGCUAGGGAAUAUAAAAAGGAAAUGUCUAAUAAGCAAAAACAAAUGCAAACAUUAAAAUUUAUCCAAAAUGAGAAAGUAAGAGUAAACUAUGAUAAAUUUAAAAAUGAAUUAAAACCUACCUUAGAUAUAAAUGAUACUGUGGUUGAUAUAGUUCCUAUUUUUGCACCUUGGCCUUCUCUACUAAAAUACAAGUACAAGGUCAAAAUUCAGCCAGGAUCUAGUAAAAAAACAAAAACUGUCAAUGAAAUUCUACGCCAUUUUGUCUCACGCGAGGUUGAUAGUAACUGUUCAAAUAAGGAAUUGGGAUGGCCAAGCGAAUAUGAACUGAUUAAAGGAAUCAAAGAUCAAGAUAUUAUCCCUUUAUUAUGUGUGGACAAGCUGAAGGCAAGCAUUCCCGGCCAGGUUACAAAAGAUAAAAAUACCACCCAAAAAGGGGGGAAAACAAAAAGAAAGCAAGAAAAAAUAAGCUUAUUUAUCUUUAUAGCCUUCUUCUGA